UCUCCCUCUUUCUUUGACCCUGGACUUAACAUGACAGCUAUUGCUGAGCCUGGGACAAGUGACCACCAACAAUUACUGAUAAUAUUUGAAAAAAAAAAAAAAACUGAUUAUUCAAGCACAGAUGGGAAAGAAGAGCUCUUUGGAUACUCCAUUGCAGUAGCUGUGGAUCAUAUUUUAUAAACUUGGAUAUCAUCAAUCAAUAAUUAUUUUAAGCGCCCUGUUCAGAUUGGCAGUUAUGGGAACACAUUAUAUAUAAAGGUUGUUCAUGACACAGUUAUUAAACUACAGAAGAUGAAGGCCAUCGUUUAGUACAUGUUAGUCCCACGUGGUCCCAUACAAUCAACCAAAGACUUUAUUUGGCAAAGGACUUUUGUUCUUUUUUUUGACCUGUUAACAAGAUCUGAAUGAAUGUGUGGAUGGGGUCAGAUAUAAAUGUGUUGGGGCAGCUCCAGAUGCCCGCCAGUGAUGGCUUUUCUUUGUCUGAAAACUCUCAGUUCUUUGAUUUGCUGACUGAACAAGACAGCCCUCUGAUGCAUGAUCCAGAUGUGCUGUCUUUCCCCAGCUAUCCCAGCAUGCAAUUCUCUCCCGUACAGCCACCCAUGGCCUCACCACCUUACUACUCCAACCACAAUUACUACCAACAGUACCCUGAGGAGUGGUACUCCACUUCUGGAAUUCAUGAACUGAGGAAACUGCCCUGUGAGAACAGAUAUGAAAAGGGGAUAGAAGAAGGGAUUACACCUGUGUGCAAGAGGUCAAGACAGGGACUUCAUGCAGGGCGGAUAAAGGGGGAUGAACUAUGUGUAGUUUGUGGGGACAAGGCCUCUGGAUACCAUUACAAUGCACUUACUUGUGAGGGAUGCAAAGGUUUCUUUAGGAGGAGUAUCACAAAGAAUGCAGUGUACAAAUGUAAGAAUGGCGGGAACUGUGAGAUGGACAUGUACAUGAGGAGGAAGUGCCAGGAGUGUCGACUCAGGAAGUGCAAGGAGAUGGGAAUGCUCGCAGAAUGUUUGUUAACAGAGAUACAGUGCAAGUCAAAGAGACUAAGAAAAAAUACCAAGCUGUCAUCUGAUGAGUGUGUCAGGGAAGAGACUGAUGGUGCUGAUGCCAAGCAGGUCACAUCCACAACAAAACCUUCAAAGAAGGUUGAACUCACCCAGGAACAGCUAAGCCUCCUCAAUUACAUCCUUGAUGCCUACAACAAGUAUCGCAUUCCGCUAGACAUGGCCAAAAACCUUCUUCAAGAGCAAUUCAGUGCUGAUGAAAACUUUAUUUUGCUCACUGAAAUGGCUACAAGUCAUGUGCAAGUACUGGUGGAAUUUACAAAAAGGCUUCCAGGAUUCCAGUCUCUGGACCACGAGGACCAGAUUGCUUUGUUAAAGGGCUCUGCAGUAGAAGCAAUGUUCCUUCGAUCUGCACAGAUAUUUAACAGGAAGCUGCCGCAUGGGCACAGUGAGAUGCUGGAGGACAGGAUUCGGAAGAGCGGUAUAUCAGAUGAAUACAUCAACCCAAUGUUCAAUUUCUACAAAAGCGUUGGAGAGUUGCAGAUGACUCAGGAAGAGCAUGCUCUUCUAACAGCCGUAACUAUCCUGAGUCCAGAUCGUCCAUUUGUGAAGGAUGUAUUGUCUAUAGAAAGACUUCAGGAGCCUAUGCUUGAAGUUCUGCACACGUUCUGCAAGCUGCACCACCCACACAACCCCCAGCACUUUGCUCGUCUACUGGGGCGCCUGACUGAACUACGGACAUUAAACCACCACCACACAGAAAUGCUGAUGUCAUGGAGAGUGAAUGACCACAAAUUCACACCCCUGCUCUGUGAAAUCUGGGACAUGCAGUGAAGCCUGCGGGACCUCUAUUUCCUUUAUUUUCAGUAUGAUUUUCAAUGAUGUUUUAAAACUACUGCUCUCUUUCUGUUAUCCUCAUACUGGGCCAAACAUGAACAGCAGAACAACCUGUAUUCAGUAGCUUUAAAAAAUCCACUGUGCAUUCUUAUUAGAAAACCUAGUGUUUGACUGGCGGGGAUGGUGGUGAACGCCACUUCAACCAAACCAGAACUGUCAUUCCAUUAGCACCCCCUUCUGGAACAAACACAAAACUGCAGUUCCUACUUUGAUAGACAAAUACAACCUGUGAAAGACAUUGAAAAUUGGUUUACCAAAUCACACCUAAGCCAAUUCAGCUGUAUAAUAUGCUUGUACAGAACUGUACAUUAUAUAUAUAUAUAAUAUAUAUAUA